GCGAACUGCACGCUAUUUGCACCCAGCAAGCGGAGACGUCAAUUGCCAGAUGUUGCCAGCUCUUACCAAAUAGGUUGCGUGAGAUGAUAGAGGGGGAUCACAAACGUCACCCGCUCGCUAAAUUGGUCGUGUUUAAUGGUUAUGCGCUGCUGCGGAGCACUUUUUCUUGGGACCUUCGCUACCGACAGUACUAGGCCCAUACGUGUUGCGUUGCUGACUGCAUGUAAAGAGUACCCAACGCGGCCCUGGCAUCGCGAUCAAUUCAUGGAUAAUGCUGCUAUCAAACUGUUCACGGAUAUGCUGACUCCAUUAUAUGUCUGGAAGGAGGAGGGGGGGGGGGGCGCGCCGUGGGGAACUCAAGCGCGGAAUGGAGUGUCUCUAGUGGAUGGAGAGGUUGAGCAUUCUAUCUCGCUACGAUACCAACGUCUACCUACUGGAAAGCUAGAACAGGAGAUUAUUGAUGAUGUGGGCGAGCUGAUCGGGGAGAGGGUGGAUGGCAGGACGGCACUCGCGGCCAGCUUGGCUGAGGCCUUUGCAUCUUUGCUGGCUGAUGAUAGUAGUUCAGGAGUGGCGAUUUGA